CCCCGAUAAGCAAUACGACCAAUUCGAGUUAGACGGGAGAGAUACAGAAAUCGGUCAGUAGUAGUUAUGCUAUUGUUUCGCGUCGGUGCCGUGCCACAUUGUACCCAAAAGUGUAAAUAUAUGAGCCCAAAGGGAACGGCAGCAGCUCGAAUACUCGUACCGCCGCCGCCUACUCGUGGUUAAGUCACGGACUAAAACUCAAACAUGGACAAGAUGUUCGAAAAAGUUCUUCGCAAAAGGGGCUCCAGAGUUAGUACAGCAAAUGAUUGGCUUCAAAUCCAAAUUGGCGGCCCCGAUUUGGGCAAAAAGAAGAAGCCAACCAAUCAGAAUCGCAUCAAAUCGACUAAAUAUACACUGAUCACAUUUCUGCCACAAAAUCUAUUGGAACAGUUUCGACGCAUCGCCAAUUUCUACUUCCUGGUGAUGACAAUAAUAUCGCUUUUAAUUGAUAGUCCUGUGUCCCCAAUGACCUCACUGCUGCCCUUGGUGUUCGUGAUUGCCGUCACUGCCGCCAAGCAGGGCUAUGAAGAUAUUCUUCGCUUUAGAACAGACAACGUUGUGAAUGCCUCACCAGUGACUAUUAUCAGGGAUGGUGUCGAGGCUAUCAUUAAAUCGCAGGAUGUGGCUCCCGGGGACCUGGUGGUGGUGGAGAAGGACUGUGAUGUGCCCUGCGACUUGGUUCUGUUGCGCACCACAGAUCCGCAUGGCAAGUGCUUCAUAACCACCGCCAAUCUGGAUGGUGAGUCGAAUCUAAAGACACUGAUGGUGCCCCGAGAGCUGCCCACCGUCGACCUGAAGGACAUGCACAAGCUGGGCAUGAUCGAGUGCGAGACCCCCACCACAGAUCUGUACAGCUUCAAUGGCAAAAUCGAGCUGAAGGGCGGCGAGGGCCGUGUGCUGCCCCUGUCCGCUGAGAAUGUCCUGCUGCGCGGCUCGCGCGUCAAGAACACAGAGUGUGUCAUUGGCUGUGCCGUGUACACGGGCAUGAUCACCAAGCUGCAGCUCAACAGUCGCCUCACGCGCAACAAGAACUCCUCCAGCGAGACGUACAUCAAUCGCUUUCUGAUUGUCAUCUUGGUCACCCUGAUAGCCAUAGUCACGCUGCUGUAUUUCCUCAAGCGCUACAAUGAGCUCUUUGUGAUACCGAAGCUCACCUAUCUGGGCGAUGCCACAGACAGUUACAGCGUGAAGCAGUUCCUGCAGGACUAUCUGUCCUUCUUGAUACUGUUCAACUACCUGAUUCCCAUAUCGCUGUAUGUCACCAUCGAGCUACAGCGCGUCAUUGGUGGCUUCUUCAUGGAGUGGGACACGGAGCUGUACGAGAACGAAACCGAUCAGCAGUGUGUCGUGAACACCUCGAACCUCAACGAGGAGCUCGGCCAGAUCAACAUACUCUUCUCGGACAAGACGGGCACUCUGACCAAGAACGAGAUGAACUUCCAGCAAUGCUCGAUAGCGGGUCGAAAGUUUCACUUCAAGAAGACCCGCCUGGAGGAAGAGGACACCCACGCCCUGCUGGACAUAAACAAGUUCAAUGCGGACCAGCGUGUAUUCUUCCAAGCUUUGACCAUCUGCCACACCGUCCAGGUGGCUGCUGGCUCGCUGGAGGAGGCCGAUGCCAGCAGCACCACCAAGAAAGAGCCGCCAGUGGCCACAGGCAAGAAGUCGGGACCACCGGAAAUGUACUCCAUAUCGGACAUUACCGAGGAGAGCCACAAUUCUAGUCAACAGAGCGAACUGAAUGUCAGCCACAACAUUGAGAACUCGGUCUCGGAGCAUCCGAAUGGAGUGAAUGGUGGUGGUGGUGGUGGCGGUGGCGGUGGUGGAGCCACCAUAACCUCCUCCUCCGAUGUGAAUCCCCUGCUGGUCAGCAACGACAGCUACAGCGUGGAGCGACGCAAGCGGCCGCAGGUGGUCAAACGCAGUCCGAACUUUGCCCGUCCCGCCAAUCGGGUGCACAUCGCCCCCACACCCGGCGACACACAGAUCAAUCAGACUGAGCUGAAUGGAGGCAACUCCUCCUCGCCCUCCACCAACGGAGCUGGGGCACUGCACUCGCCCAUCCAUUCGCCACAUAUACGUCCAAUUUCAUUGCAAUUCCAACGCUCUACCUCAGAGAGGGACCUGCCGCAGUUCGGCGAGGCCCACAACAGUGCGGCACUCGGCCAUCGCCGUGCCCAUUCCUACGGGGCGCCGAAUGCCUAUCUCUCGAACCCCAUGGGCAGCAGCAGCACACCGUCCACCAGUGCAAUCUUCCGCUCUCCCAGCACCCACUCGCGCGAGUCGUAUGCGGCGCCCACCUUCACGCGUCAGCCGACCAUCCUGGUGCGUGCCGAAUCGCAGCGCAGAAAGAACGAGAUACGUGAUUUUAUAUUCACACUCGACUACCAAGCCUCGAGUCCCGAUGAGAAGGCUUUGGUGGAGGCCUGUGCCAAUCUGGGGCUCGUGUACACCGGCGACGAUGACGAGAUACUCAGCGUACGCAUUGUGCCCCCGCAUUUGGACUACAAGCGACCCUUCACCAUGGGCAAGCCCAAGGAGGAGAAGUUCCAUCGGCUGCAUGUACUGGAAUUCACCUCGGACCGCAAGCGGAUGAGUGUGAUAGUGCGCGACGCGGAGGGCAAGAAGUGGAUCUAUACCAAGGGAGCCGAGAGCUAUGUGUUUCCGCUGUGUGCCAACAGCUCGGGGCACUUGGUGACCAAAACGGAUCAUCAUAUCAGCGAUUUUGCACGCCUGGGACUGCGCACGCUGGCCAUAGCACGCCGCAUGAUUGGCGAGGAGGAGUACAGAGAUUUUCUGCAGGAGCUGGCGCAGGCCAACAGCUCACUCGAGAACCGAAAGCAGCUGAGCGAAGAGUGCUACGCGAAGAUUGAGAGCAAUCUCGAUCUGCUGGGUGCCACGGCUGUGGAGGAUGCCCUGCAGGACGAUGUGGCCGAUACGCUGGUCUCGCUGCAAGCAGCGGGCAUCAAGAUCUGGGUUCUGACCGGCGACAAGGUGGAGACGGCCCUGAACAUAGCCCUAUCCUGUGGCCACAUACCGCCCGAUGCCAAAAAGUACUUCAUCAUCGAGUGCAAGAACCGCGAGGACAUGCUGCUCCACUUGAAUGCGCUGGAUCGUGAGAUCAUAUUCGGCAUUGGCCAGGAGUGUGCUCUGCUCAUCGAUGGCAAGAGCCUGGCCGUUGCCCUGUCCGAGGUGGCCAAGGAGUUCCGGGAUGUGGCCGUCAAGUGCACGGCCGUGCUCUGCUGCCGCCUGAGCCCGCUGCAGAAGAGCGAGGUGGUGGCCCUGAUCAAGUCAUCGAAUGAGAACUACAACACGGCCUCCAUUGGGGAUGGGGCCAACGAUGUGUCCAUGAUACAGGAGGCACAUGUGGGCAUCGGCAUUAUGGGACGCGAGGGCAGGCAGGCGGCACGCUGUGCGGACUUUGCCUUUGCCAAGUUUUGCAUGCUGAAGCGACUCCUCCUCGUCCAUGGACACUAUCACAGUGUCCGCUUGUCGCUGCUGGUGCUGUACUUUUUCUACAAGAACAUUGUGUUUAUGGGUAUUAUGUUUCUGUUCCAAUUCCAUACGCUCUUCUCCUCGUCCUCCGUCUACGACUCCCUCUUCCUGACACUGUACAAUGUGAUUUACACAUCGCUGCCCAUCCUGUUCAUUGCCAUCACCGAGAAGCCCUACACCGAAGAGAAGCUAAUGAGCACCCCGCAGUUGUACAAGAAGAACACGGACAACAAGCAGCUGCACUGGCCCUACUUCCUGAUGUGGGUGCUCUUCGCCAUGUACCAUGCAGUGAUCAUCUUUUACUUUGCCUUCUGCAUGUUCUCCUUCAACAACGUGAUCCUGAGUGUUGGCCAGACGGCGGCCUUCUCCUGCUUUGGCACGCUGCUCAUUUGGGGCGUGGUGAUUGUCGUGAACCUCAAGCUCUGGCUGGAGUCGAUGUACCUCUCGUAUUGGUACAUCUUUACGCUGGUUAUCUCCAUUCUAGGCUUUAUGGUCACAACGGUUAUCUAUAAUGUUAUCAAUCUGGACUACGACACCGACAUAUACUGGGCGUACAACAAUCUGUUGGCCUCCCUGCCAGUCUGGCUGUGGGUCCUGCUCGUUUCUGUGGCCUGCCUGGUGCCGGACUUCACCAUCCGCAUGCUUCAGCGCGGUCUCAACAUCAAGCACUUCAGCAUCUUUCCCGGCAAGCAGCGAAAGCUCAAAAUGCGCGAGAAGUUCGAGUCCACCUACCUGUAAUCUACCAUCCUAGGCCAUAGUUUUUUUUUCUACUCUUUAUUUAUUUAUUUGCCCCCUUACGUGUACAUAACUUCUUCUUUGUUUUUUUUUGCUAAGAAAACAACAACAAAAAAACACUAUUGUUUUGUUGACAAAUCGAAA